AUGUCGUCGAGACGCGUAUCUUAUUUUUAUAAUCCACACGUUGGCAAUUUUCAUUAUGGACCGGGUCAUCCGAUGAAGCCUCACCGACUGACUCUUGUUCAUAGUUUAGUUAUGAACUAUGGACUAAAUAAGAAAAUGAAGAUCUACCGACCUUACAAAGCCAGUGCACAGGACAUGCUGCGUUUCCAUAGCGAGGAAUACAUUGAGUUUCUACAGCAAGUGACCCCUCAGAAUAUUCAGUGCAAUUCUGUUGGAUAUACAAAGUAUUUGUCCCACUUCAGCGUUGGGGAGGACUGUCCUGUGUUUGAUGGGUUAUUUGAAUUCUGCUCGAUGUACACAGGAGCAUCCCUAGAAGGAGCACAGAAGCUGAACCAAAAUCACAGCGAUAUUUGCAUUAACUGGUCAGGAGGUUUGCAUCAUGCUAAAAAAUUCGAAGCAUCAGGCUUUUGCUACGUAAAUGACAUAGUGAUAGGCAUCCUAGAGCUUCUAAAGUACCAUCCCCGGGUAUUAUAUAUAGACAUUGACGUCCACCAUGGCGAUGGGGUGCAGGAAGCAUUCUACCUCACAGAUCGGGUGAUGACGGUCUCAUUCCAUAAAUACGGCAAUUGGUUCUUCCCGGGCACUGGUGAUAUGUACGAGAUUGGGGCUGAAUCUGGCCGAUACUACAGUGUGAAUGUUCCCUUGAAAGAGGGGAUUGACGAUCAAAGCUAUUUCCAAGUAUUUAAGCCGAUUGUCUCCCAUGUGAUGGAAUACUACCGACCCACUGCGAUAGUGCUGCAAUGCGGCGCUGAUUCAUUGGCAGGUGACCGAUUAGGCUGCUUUUCUCUCAGUACAAGGGGUCAUGGGGAAUGUGUCAAAUUUGUCAGGGAACUGAAUGUACCAACACUAGUUGUUGGUGGUGGUGGCUAUACGCUUCGAAAUGUUGCUCGUUGCUGGACCUACGAGACUUCAUUAUUAGUCGAUGAAACUAUUUCGAACGAGCUACCUAUGACAGAAUAUUUGGAAUUUUUCGCCCCAGAUUUCACAUUACAUCCAGACAUUGGAUCAAGACAGGACAAUGCCAAUACGAAACAAUAUUUGGAACUGAUUGUCAAGCAUGUUUACGAAAAUUUGAAAAUGUGUCAACACGCUCCCAGUGUUCAAAUGUUCAAUAUACCAGAAGAUGCGCUUGAGCCCGAGGAGAACCGACAAAAAGAGGAAUCGGAUCCUGAUGUGAGAAUCAGUCAGUCUGACGAAGAUCGAAUGGUUGAAGCUAAGAAUGAAUUUUUCGACGGGGAACAGGAUAAUGAUAAGGCAGAACCAGAAAGUUAGUUUUCAUUUCGCCGCUUAUUUUAAGUGACAUUUAUGUUUGAAUGUGCAAAUUUAAACCUAGGUAGAAAUAAGAAAUAAAGCUAAUACAAAAAA